CCUGCUGCUUCGCGGGGCUCCGCGGAGGCGGGGAGAAGCGGUGCGGGGAGGCGAGCGCUGGGCGCUGGCUUUCGCUCCGGUCCCCCUCCUCUGCCUCGAUGGUUAUCUUCAGCGUCCUGCCGCCGGCUUCCACGGCGUGCUCUGUGCGGGACUCCACUUCCUUCUUGUCUGCAGUAGUUUGGGGGCAGAUGAGCUGACGAAGCCGGGAGGACACCGCGCGGCGGCGGGCCGCAGGGAGCCCGCGGCGGCCAUGUCGCGCCCCGCCGCCCCCGCGCCCUACCUUGCUCCUGCUUGAAGUACACGCGGAAGGUGCCGGGCUCGGGGCCCGGCCGCACCUCGCACUCGCCCCCGCCCGACCGCCUCCAUGACUGGAAGUAUCUCUCGAGCUUGAGGCGCAGCUUCUCGCCGGCGGCGCCGGGAGCGGGGCUGAGCCGCACCAGCAGCGGCGGCGGCGCCAUGAUGGCGGCCGCGCGGUUUCGCUUUCGUUUCCCGCUCGGCAGCGCGGAGCCUCCACUCCCCGCCCGGCCCCGGCCCCUGCCCCUGCCCCGGCCCCGCCGCUGCGCCCGGCGCUGAGGGGAGCCGGCCGCCCCGCGCCGCGCCGCGCUUCCCCAGGUAAUGGGGAACCGCCAGAGUUCGAGUUUAGAGAGCCCAGAAGGAAGGAGCAAUUCAGGGUCAAGCAUGGUAGUGGAUGAGGAAAGCUUGAUGGUCCCCAUCAAUAAAGAUGCUUAUGAAGUUCUUAAGAAAAGAGAGUUCUGUCUAAAUAAUCUUGUUUACAAGAAGUUUGCUUGUACAUUGGCCUUCAGAAGUAUAACCGCUCCUGUUGAAGUAUACAGGAAAGAACUAAAGCAUGGGAUUCACGUAUCUGUUUGCAAAGAUGAUCUUGCACUACAUGAGGCUGAUGCUUUGGUGAAUGCAGCCAAUGAAUAUCUAUAUCAUGCAGGAGGACUUGCUUUUGCCCUUUUGAAUGCUGGAGGGCCAGAAAUAAAAGAACAAAGCAAUUUUUAUAUUCAGAAAUAUGGAAAUCUCUCAGCUGGUCAAAUAGCUGUGACCAGUGGUGGAAAGCUUCCUUGUAAGAAAAUUAUCCAUGCAGUUGGUCCAAAAUGGUCCAUCUCCAAAAAAGAAAGAUGUUGUAACCUACUUGAGACAGCCAUUGUGAAUGUUCUGAAGUAUGUUAGUACUCCAGAAAAUAAUAUAAAGUCUGUAGCUAUCCCAGCAGUGAGUUCAGGUGUUUUUGGCUUCCCACUCAGUUUGUGUGCUCAAGUGAUUAUAAUGGCAAUAAGGGAAUUUGUUGAGACAAGUCUACCAAGCUGUCUCAAGGAGAUCCGUCUGGUGAACAUUUGUGAGCCUACAGUUGCAGAAAUGAAAAAAGCUUGUGAAAAGUUGCUAGGUGAACCCAGUUUGAGUCAGGAAAAUCUAUCAGCUCAUCAAAGCCAGUCUACACAUUUCUCCAGAGUUGGAGGUAUUCGUUUGCGUAUCAUCAGAGGACUUAUUGAAGAGCAGAAGACUACAGCUAUUGUUAAUUCUGUGUAUGCGGAUAGCAAUUUUCCCCAUGUUUCAAAAGGAAUUCUGGAAAAAGGAGGUCCAGCUCUUCUUGGUGAAUUUAAGUCUCAUCUUUCUGAAUAUUCUUCAUUUUAUAAGGAGCUCAUAAAAACACAUGGGUAUAGACUGCCCUGCAAGUCAGUACUGCAUGUUGUAUGGCCGGCAUACUACCACAAGGUGUUACUUUGUGAGGAACUAAAAGCUGCAGUGACAAGAUGCCUGGAUGAUGUUCAGAAUCAGGAGUCUCCUUCAAUUUCUUUCCCAGCACAGGGGACUUGGUCUUCGCUGCCUGUGGAUAUAGUGGCAGAGGUCAUGAUUGAAGAGGUUCUUAAUUUUGCCAUGGAACAUCCUGAGAAGCAGAUAGAUGUACAGUUUGUGAUCCACCCAGAUGACUAUGAUACCUAUCAGAUUUUUCAGAGAAAACUUUUUUCAGCAUCAAGCAAACUGGAAAAAAAGCAACGCUACAACAGAAGUGCUUGUUUGAGUACAGAGUCAGGCAGACAAAGUGGAAGAGAAAAUGCAAACAGUAAAACAGCUAUUGAACUUAAGGGGAACACCCUUGCAGCAUUGGAAGCAGCAAAACUGUGGAUCCAAAACAUGCUAAAAACUCAUGAAAAUCACUAUGCCACUAUUGAAAACAACUACAUUUUUAACCUUGGUAAAAAAGAGUUUGCAGAACUAGCUGCAGAGCAGCAUUCUAGUGUGCGUAUAUCAGAAGAAGUGAGAGAUGGUAAAGCAAGGCUAGAGUUUCAUGGCCCCCCUGAUGCUGUCAUUGAUGCAGUGCUUGCAACAGAAAAAUUACUCCUUUGUAUGCAAGAGAAGACUACAGCCAAACAGGAGGAACUGCUGCAUUCUUUAGGCCAGCAGGAAGCAGCUCAGCUUUCAGAAGGGCAACUUAACAUGGCCAAGAAUACUAAAUGCUUCCAGAUUUCACUGGUGGAAUCAGACAGUCUGGAAUUCAAGAACAGAAAAACACAGUUUGAAAAAGCUGGGCUGCUUCUUCUCAAGAUGGAAGAAAUACAUAAUCCUCUUUUAUCUGCUGCAUUCCAACAAAUGAAAAAAAGAAUAAAAGAAAAACAAGCUACCUCAAAAAUACACAAGUUGUACCAGCGUGUUUCUGCUCAAUUCUGUGGCUUGAUAUGUCAAACUGGAUUUCACAGAAUGUACUUACCACCAACAGAACAAAAAUAUGGAGCUGGCAUCUACUUUAGGAGGAACCCAAAAAGCCUAAUCGAGAGUAAAGAGAAAUGGGAAACAGAUUCUAUAAUGUGUGUGUUUGAGGCUCAAGUAUUAACAGGCUUAUACACUAAAGGUAAACAGUCUUAUAUUAUGCCACCAGUAGUGGAGGGAGAUGCCAAUGAAGUAUGUGACAGUUUAGUAGAUGAUGUAAACAAUCCUGACAUCUUUGUAAUUUUCAACACUAUUCAGGCCCUUCCACAGUAUUUGUUGACCUGUUCCCAGAUUCAGGAGGAAAGGUCUGGGCCCUCUAAGGGAACAAGCAGCACACUGCAUGAUAAUUAUUCAGAACUAUAGCUAUGUGGAGAUCACCUCAAAAUGAAGUCUAAUACUGGGAUUCUAAGAGGAUGCUUUUAAAAUAACAUGGUUUAAUCAAAGUGCCUUGUGACAUCUCUGAAACAUCCAAGAAUAACUAUAUGUUGAUACCUUAAGGAGUUUAAAUUGAAGUCAUCUAUGAAUAGAGAUGGAAAGUAUCACAACACUCAGUUUAACAUCUAUACAUUAUUUAAACAAUGGUCAUUCAGUUUGUCUUAAAGUAUCUUAGCAUGUGACUAUAUACUUGACACUUGUGUAAACUUUCAUUGAUUAUGCUUUCUUAAUCUGAGACAAUGCACACAUUACUGAAGCAAGAGAAAUCUAGGUUGUGCCUUUGAUUCUUAAAUUUUGUUUUGACUUAAGUAGGUGAACGUCAUGUGAAUAUGGUUUUCCACCUAGGAAUCUGCUACUAAAUUCACAUGGUUAUGAUAAAUGAAGCAAUAUUUCAUGAUUUCUAACAGUUGUUGCUAUUAAAAUUUUUAUUGGUUACAUGUGAUUCCAAGUAUUGUAGAUUACAUGUAUUCAAAAUAAAAAAGUAUAACAACA